AUGGCUAGCAUCUCAACAUCAGCGCUGAGGCAGGCAGGCCGCCUCUGCCGUACCACAGCGGCCUCUCCCCUUAGGAGGCUACCUACCGCGCCGAGGGUCAUCGCGGGACCCAUCCAGCAGUUCACGCAGCGACGGAACGUUUCCGAGACGAGGCAGGACCACGCACAGGUCAAUGUCGAUACCGCCAUCAAGCUGGACAAGAAGGACUUCAUCGACCAGUCUCCCGAUGGCUCCAACGUUGUCGUGAGUCCCAUGGCCGAAGUGCUCAAGCAGGUCACGACCAUGGAGGAAGGUCAGAGGCCCAUCUAUCUCGAUAUGCAAGCGACUACGCCUGUUGAUCCGCGAGUGCUUGACGCCAUGCUUCCUUUCUACACCGGCAUUUACGGCAACCCCCAUUCCAAGACGCACGCUUACGGGUGGGAGAGCGAGUCCGCUGUCGAGGAAGCUCGCGAGCAUAUUGCGAAGCUUAUUGGUGCCGACUCCAAGGAAAUCAUCUUCACGAGCGGUGCCACCGAGAGCAACAACAUGAGCAUCAAAGGUGUCGCGCGAUUCUUCGGGAGGUCCGGCAAGAAGAAGCACAUCAUCACCACCCAGACCGAACACAAGUGCGUGCUCGACAGUUGUCGGCAUCUCCAGGAUGAGGGUUUCGAGAUCACCUACCUGCCUGUAAACAACUCGGGCCUGAUCGACUUGGCUCAGCUCGAGGCCGCUAUCAAGCCCGAGACUGCCCUCGUGAGCAUCAUGACCGUGAACAACGAGAUUGGUGUGAUCCAGCCUAUGGAGGAAAUCGGCAAGCUGUGCCGCAAGAACAAGGUCUUCUUCCACACGGAUGCUGCACAGGCCGUUGGCAAGAUGCCUCUUGACGUGAACGCGAUGAACAUCGAUCUCAUGUCGAUCUCGUCCCACAAGAUCUAUGGCCCCAAGGGAAUUGGCGCCUGCUAUGUUAGGCGACGCCCUCGUGUCAGAUUGGAUCCCAUCAUUACCGGAGGUGGUCAAGAACGUGGCCUACGCAGCGGCACGCUCGCGCCUCCGCUGAUCGUCGGAUUUGGUGAGGCGUGUCGCAUCGCUCCCGUGACAAGGACACUUGUUGUGACACAGCACUCCUACGACUCGAAGCGCAUCAAGGCACUGUCCGAUCGGCUUCUUGGCGGUCUCCUCUCUAUGGAGCACACGAACCAGAACGGCGACCCAAACCAUUUCUAUCCCGGCUGUGUCAACGUAUCUUUCGCCUACGUCGAGGGUGAGUCGCUGCUCAUGGCGCUGAAGGAUAUUGCUCUGUCGUCCGGCAGUGCUUGCACCUCGGCUUCUCUGGAGCCCAGCUACGUUUUACGAGCCCUGGGUAACAGCGAUGAGAGCGCGCACAGCAGUAUCCGAUUCGGCAUUGGCCGCUUCACCACUGAAGCGGAGAUUGACUACGUUCUGAAGGCUGUCCAGGAGCGCGUUGAUUUCCUCCGUGAGCUGAGUCCUCUGUGGGAGCUUGUUCAGGACGGUGUCGACCUCAGCACGAUCCAAUGGAGCCAGCACUAAUUUGCAAGACAUGUGAGCGUCUUGACUGUACGAGAGGGAAUGGGUUUUUACUAGCGGGUUCCUCGUUUAGGGACCACCCUUAUGGAUUUUAGUUUCUGUAAUACCACCAGGCGAGGAUGAUUGAGCGCGGCCUGUCACUAGGCCAGUCUUUCUUUCUUUACGGGAAUCUCGGAGUUUGGCUUAGGAGGCGGGGAGAGGAGCGGGCAUAAAGUGCUCUAGUAUCAGAGGCCUCCUGUCUAUAGGGACAAAUAUGGGCUCACGUUGCAGAAGAGGAAGCCAGUUGAUGUAUCACGACUAGUGGGAAGCCUGAUGACGUUGGCUGAAGAAAUCACAUCAAAGAAAGAACACAUCUGACACACAA